CUACCAAUACAAGGACUUUAUCCAUUCAAUAUUACUAUUAUUUUUUAUAAAAGCGAACAACUGGCUCUUCCCAGUGCAGAAGCAACUGACCGGGACCAGAGGUCGCGGUUUCGAAUCCCUACUCUCUACAUGGCUCGCACGCUCGCAUCAAGUUCAUCACUUUCAAAUUGUCCCACGAAUGCCUUAUCAUUAUCACACUUGAACCUGCAAAUCAAAACGUCUUACGCGACUCCCAAACUUUGCUCUCGAGUCAGGAUUUUGGCGGCGGCCAUGUCUACCGGCGUCGAAAAGAACGUUAUUCCAGCGACAAUUAUCGGCGCUGGAAGAGUUGGCCAGGCGCUGCAAAAAAUGGGAACGGGAGAGGAUGUGCUGGUUAGGCGGGGCGAAAAAGUGCCGGAAAAUCUUUCUGGUCCGAUUUUUGUGUGUACCAGAAACGACGAUAUGUAUGCCGUGCUCGACGUCACGCCUCGGCCUCGUUGGGACGAUUUGGUAUUUAUCCAGAAUGGAAUGCUGGAACCUUGGCUGGAGAGCAAAGGCUUGGUCACUGCAACCCAAGUAUUGGUGUAUUUUGCUGUUGCCAAAUUAGGUGAGACACCCAUAGAUGGGAAGACUGACACAAAUCCCGAAGGCCUUACAGCAGCUUCUGGUAAAUGGGCCUCUGCAAUAGCUACACGUUUGCAUUUAGCAGGUCUUUCAUGCAAGGUUUUGGACAAGGAGAAUUUUGACAAGUCAAUGCUAGAGAAGCUCAUAUGGAUUUCAGCUUUCAUGCUAGUAGGAGCUCGUCACCCAGGUGCCACCGUGGGUAUAGUGGAAAGGGAGUAUCGCAAUGAGGUUGUCAGCCUGAUCAAGGAACUGGCAUCAGCUGCUGCCACUGAGAAGAAAAUAUCUUUUGAUCCAGGUUUGGAAGAGAGACUAUGUGCUUAUUCACGAACAGUUGCCAAUUUUCCGACUGCAUUGAAAGAGUUCAAAUGGAGGAAUGGAUGGUUUUACACAAUUUCAAAAACAGCCAUUGCAAGUGGACAUCCUGAUCCAUGCCCAUUACACACUAGCUGGCUACAAGAAUUGGGCGCCAUUUAACAGAAAUAAAAAUAACUCAUUAUUUGAGCCAAAAUAACUCAUGUUGCAAUGUUUUGUUACUUUAUAGCUAUAAUGUGGAGAGAUUAGGAAAAAAUAAAUCUCAAUAUGUUUAUCUUCCUUGUAAAGCAGAUCUUGUGAGCCAUAUCUACCUAUAGUAGUAAUGUUUGAUAUCUUUUUAUUGCCGUGCUAUUUUUCUGGCUGUCCAUAAAUUCAAAAUUGUUUGUUCUUAAAUGCAUCCAAUUUCCACGUGUGCAAAGAACACCUGUCUCAAAUGAAAGAAUAUGGUUGCACGUUUCAGCGGUAGCUUUCUACACCUUCCAACCGUGGUGGUACUUUCAAGGAUUUAAAAAGCAGCCUUGAUUAAGUUGUAUGAACUGUAAACAAUAUAUGUUCAAUAUGAGUUGACACCUUGUUUUCUCA